UAAGGAUGUAUACCCACUUCUUUGACUUCUAGGUAAUAGUUAUAAAUGGUUUCCCAUAUUUGGUUUGAUGUGUCAUUAGUGAUGUCAUUCUAAAUGUAUAACAUCCUUGUUGUGACGUUUUAAUUUAUUCCUAUUUCAUAAUAGGCAUAGCUUUAAGCUGAUUAUCAUUCAGUUGCAUCAUACGUGUACGUGAUCCUAUAACUUUUAUUUUAAGGAGCACAUAUAUCUCAGUUGUUAUCAAAUGCGAAUACACUUUACUGAGAAGAAUAUAAACUUAAUACAACUAUAAGAUUUUUCAAUAGAUCAGAUUAUUACACAUUACAUGGCAGCGAUGCUUUAUUUGCUGCACAAGAAGUAUUUAAGACCACAGCAGUUUGCAAAAUGAUUGGAGCAGAUCCAUACAAAACUGAGGGUGUUAUUUUAAAUAAAAAUCAUUUUGAAGCAUUUAUACGUGAUUUAUUAUUGGUGAAGCAAUACAGAAUAGAAGUUUAUGUUAAUCAAGGAUCAUCAAAAAAUCAGAAUUGGGUAUUAGAAUUCACUGGUUCCCCUGGUAAUUUAUCCCAAUUUGAAGAUGUGUUGUUUGGUAAUAAUGAUAUUGCAGUUAGUGUACGCGUGAUAGCAGUGAAAUUAGGAAUGGAUGGAAAGUCCAGAGUUGUUGGUUUAAGUUGUGUAGACACCACAGCAACCUCAUUUUCCGUUUGUGAAUUUCAAGAUAACGAGUCAUUUUCUAAUCUGGAAUCACUCAUUGUUACACUUGCUCCCAAAGAAUGUUUAUUAAUUCAAGGGGAAGGCAGCUAUGAAUUUCAAACUCUAAAACAAUUAAUGGAACGAAAUAAUGUAAUGAUCACUUUAAAGAAAAAAAACGAAUUCUCAAGUGAAUCAGUUGUACAAGAUUUAAAUACUUUAAUCAAAUUUGCAAAAGGUCAACAGCCGAAUGUACAAUCUUUACCUGAAAUCAACUUAAAUUUUGCUAUGUCAGCUACUGCUGCUCUUAUCAAAUAUUUAGAUUUAACAUCAGAUGAAGGCAAUUUGAAUCAGUUUAUUCUUGAUCAAAUAGAACAAUCACGAUAUUUGAAACUGGAUGCUGCUGCUAUAAAGGCUCUCAAUAUCGAACCACGUGUUGAUACUCUGUCUAUUUUGAGUGGAAAUGCACCUACAAGUAUCUUAACUCUUUUGGACAAAUGUAGAACAGCUCAAGGUCAUAGACUUCUUGCACAAUGGGUCAGGCAACCUUUGAAAGACUUGUCUCUUAUAAAAGAAAGACAUGAUAUUGUUGAAGCAUUGGUAAAUGAUAAUGAAUUACGAUCUAAUCUAAGUGAAGAUCAUUUAAGACGUAUACCAGACUUACAAGUGCUUGCAAAAAAAUUGGCUAGAAAGAAAGCAACAUUACAAGAUUGUUAUAAAAUUUACAUGUGUAUGUUGCAUCUGCCAAGAUUAAUAGAACAAUUUUCUAACAUAAAUGUAGUUGCCUUAAAAACAGUGUUUAGUAAUCCUUUAACUGAACUUAUUAAAGAUAUGGAUAAAUAUCAACAAAUGGUUGAACAGACAAUUGAUUUAGAUGCUGCUGAAAAAGGAGAUUUUUUAGUGCGAUCUGAAUUCGAUGAAGAGUUGAAAGAAUUAAAGAAUACUAUGGACGAAAUGGAAAAGAAAUUACAAGCACAGUUGAGUAAAGUUGCUGAUGAUUUGUCAAUUGAUGCUGGCAAAACUCUAAAAUUAGAAUCUAAUCAACAAUUUGGAUAUUAUUUUCGGGUUACAUUAAAAGAGGAGAAGGUGUUAAGGAAUAAAAAGCAAUAUACUAUUUUAGAUUCUAAUAAAAGUGGUGUACGAUUUCGAAGCAAUAGAUUAAGCGAUCUAAAUGAUGAGUAUAUUGCAACUAGAGAUAAAUAUACAACAGAACAAAAAAAAGUUGUAUCAGAAAUAAUCGAAAUUGCAGCUGGUUAUAGCAGUCCAGUGAAAAAUAUUGGAAAUAUAUUAGCAUGUCUUGAUGUGCUUACUGCCUUUGCAUCUGCUGCUGUAAGUGCUAAUAAACCUUACAUACGUCCUCAAAUGUUACCUAGCGAAGCGGGUGAAUUUAAUUUGGUUCAAGUUCGACAUCCUUGCUUAGAAAAUUUAGAAGGCAUGGAUUAUAUAGCCAACGAUGUCAAUUUCAAAAGAGGAGAAUACCAUUUUUGUAUUAUAACUGGUCCGAACAUGGGUGGUAAAAGUACCUAUAUAAGAUCUGCUGGUGUUACUGCAUUGUUGGCACACAUUGGAAGUUUUGUUCCGUGUGAUGAAGCGAAAAUAUCAUUAUUAGAUUGUAUAUUAGCUCGUGUGGGAGCUGACGACUCUCAAUUAAAAGGACUUUCCACAUUCAUGAUGGAAAUGAUAGAAACUGCUGCCAUACUAAAAACGGCAACAUGUAAUUCUCUUGUAUUAAUCGAUGAAUUAGGUAGAGGAACAUCGACUUACGAAGGUUGUGGCAUUGCAUGGUCAAUCGCAGAAUAUUUAGCAAAAGAGAUAAAAUGCUAUUGUCUUUUCGCUACACAUUUUCAUGAAAUCACUAAAUUAGAAGAGGAAGUAUCUGCGGUUAAAAAUCAACAUGUUACGGCUCUUGUUGAUGACAAUAAAUUAACUUUGUUAUAUAAAGUAAAACCCGGUAUAUGUGAUCAAAGCUUUGGAAUACAUGUUGCUAAAAUGGCUAAUUUCCCGCAAAAUGUGAUAGAGUUUGCUAAACGAAAACAAGCAGAACUUGAAGAUUAUCAACAUUCAACUUUUAAAGGAUCUGAUGAUCCACAGAAGAAACAAAAAAUUAUCAAGGAGGCAGAAGUACUUAUUGCAGAAUUUCUUAAUAAGUGCAAAAAUCUAGAUACAUCAUUAUCUGAUGCAGAUUUAGAAGAUAAAAUUUCAAUAUAUAAGAAAGAAGUUUUAUCUCAUAAAAAUCCCUAUAUAGAAACAUUUCUUGCAGCCUUGUAAAUUAAUAUAAGAAAAUAACUAAUAAGAAUGAAAGUCAAUAUUAUUUACAAUAGUAUUCUUAUUUUAAGUUUGAAAAUGAUACAGUGUUGUUUUUAUAAGUCUUAAAUUAAAUAAUUAAUUUUUAUACAAAUAUACAGUAUGUUUCUUUAUAACCAUAAUAUUUUACAAAUAAAUAUGCGCCUGUUUAAAUAUUUAAGUGCAAGAAGAGGCAAAUGGUUUGUGAUCUUGGACAAUUGUGAAAUAUUGAUCACAAAAUUUUUGUUAAUUCUACUACGUAGUACUU